CUAAGUGGAAGGUGAUCAUUACUAUACUUAACAUGCCAGACAACUUACACCGACGAUUUUGUAAUGUCACCAUUUCAUGUUUAUCUUCUUUGCUUUUGAACGAAAAAGUCAUCAUACCAUCAGAGUCUAGGUUACAAUACAGAGGAGAGGAGACACAAUCAUCUUUAAUUUAAAUGCAGUUUCGAGUAUUCAAAAUCGGGAAACUUUCUGUAAUACCUGAAGAUUUGCCUGGAAAUGAUUUGCGAGUAACAAUAAAUUUGAACUUAAAGAAGAUGAAUUCAGCUGUAUCACCUUCAAGAUCGAUGAACUCGCAGUUCUUCAUUCUUAUCAUGAUAACGAUAAGUCAUCCGUUGCCCAUUGGAAGCCGAGCCGUGAUCGAUUGGCCACUCGUAGCCGGUGACCUGACCGCGAUAGAUGUCGAUGACCACCGUCAAGUGAGAAGUGCUUCUUCGAUACAGAGGUCGAUGACAAAAGCGAUGUCGAGUACUGAGGCCGAGGAGUCAAGAGAACCGUGGCAAAUAAAUAAAAAUAUUUGUCCACCGCCCCUUUCACAUUUGUGCAAUAUUCAGCUUCAAACUCGAAAUGGUGAAACUCAAAGCUCUUUCGUCACUCCUUUCUUCGAGGGUGACAUCGUACUGGACUGGGACCAGAGAAGACAACUGGGACUGACGAGCAUGAGUCAACGGUCGUCUCGAUCUCGAUCACGUCGUGCUAUCAUCGAAGGCCGUGAUCGUCGAUGGCCAGACGCCAUCAUACCUUACACAAUAGAUUUGGAUUUCAAUCAUGAAACUGUUAGACUCAUCAAAUCUGCCCUACGUCACUGGCAACAGAAUACAUGCAUCAGAUUUGUUCAAAAGGAACCAUCUCACCAUGAUUACCUAAGAUUCGCUUACUUUCCAGGAUGUUGGUCAUUCAUUGGUCGUCAGGGAGGGGAGCAGUUGAUAUCCAUGGGACCAGGGUGUAAAGUAUUCAGUACUAUCGUCCACGAACUCGGACACGCUAUCGGAUACUGGCAUGAACAGAGUCGUCAGGAUCGAGAUCAGUAUAUCCAGAUAGUCCAGCGGAACAUCGCCCAAGGAACAGAAGAGAACUUCAACAAGAUCGACAUCGACAACGUGACGUCCCUGGGCUACCCCUACGACUUCGCGUCCGUCAUGCAUUACUCCGCAAACGCCUUCAGCGCCAAUGGAAAACCAACGAUACGGAUGAAGAAGAGAUACCGCGAACUCCUCCCCGAUGUCAGAGCAAGCAUGAACCGACCUAGCAACGGGCUUAGUGAGCUGGACAUUGCCCAGACUAAAGGAUUGUAUGAGUGCAAUGUUAGAGCAGCGAGGAGACAGAAGAAAGAGCCUUGCUUCAAUAGCGAAAGCGGCGACGGACGCGAUUACCGCGGGAAUGUGGACUUCACCGAGAGCGGCAUCACCUGUCAAAUAUGGACGUCGAAAUACCCACACGAACACGACUACAUGUCGGAGGACGACACCAUUAAUGAGAGUUUGGGUGUUGGACAUCAUAACUUCUGCCGGAAUCCUGGAGGACGGGAGAGACCAUGGUGCUUUACAACACUCAAGAACACUGUCUGGGAGUACUGUGAUGUAAAACUUUGUCCAUCUUCAUAACACAUGAAUUUAGUUAGAGGCUACAAGUAUAUAUUCA